UAUAUGUCAGUGUUUAUUGCCGGUUAUAAGAGCUAAUUUGAGCAGGGAAUAAUUACCAAGUUUAUUAGCAUAUGGCUAUCUAAAACAAAAUCCACUUAAAAUUAACUAUGAAUGAAGCAAACAACGACACCGGUGAGGACGACCGUUACCAAGUUCAGUGGCAAGAUACUUCUGAUGGAGAAACAGACGGAACAGAUGACCUAGCAGACUCCGAAAGUGAAUCUGAAAUCUCCAAGACAUUCGAAGCUGAGGAUGAGGAGGUAUUUUUCACUGAGGGAGAUCGGCUCUCGCAUAUCCUCCAGGGCUGGAUGCCAGACUAUACUGUCACCCCAAUCGAACCACAUGCUCGCUCAGAAAAAGAACCUCUAUAUAGUGCUAAAUUGGGCAAAGAGCCGCGUGUCAAAAGAAUUCCUAGUUGUGAAUCAAUCGUUACUCAGUUGUCUCUCCUAAGUUGUUCGACUUACGGUAAAAAUGACCACUCUAAUGAAAGGAAGCGGCGAAAAAGAAAGAGCAAAGGAAGUCGACCCGUAACUUGCAACUCCUCGGGAAGUAAGUGGAUUGCACUUGCCAAUCGAAGACAAGGCAUGUUCGAUAAAAUGCUAAGGCAGCAAACCUCUCAUGCUGCGGCACCGGGGCUAGGAGACGGACACAAUAUCGCUUUUGAUAUGAUGGACGAAGAUGAAAAGAAGCUUUUGUUUCGAUGUGGGUUGGAGGCCGGACUCAAUAUGGCCCCAGGAUUAAAGAAAAGCGAUAGCAGUACCAAUAUCAAUAGAAUUAGCCAAGCUGAGAUCAGAAGGUUUUCUCACUUUGAUGUUGUGCCCACUUAUGGCAAGAAAUCUGACUUUAAGGAACUCCAGAAACAAGCCGCACGUCAAAAUAACAUUUUGCUGGCGAAGAAAAGUUCACCAGGCAGUAAUAGGUCCCUGAACGCCUCCAAUCACUCGAAACAAUCCGUUACGUCUGCUGGUAGAGAUAUUCCAACCUUCAACACACCGACCAUAAGAACGGUCACUCCGCCGUUUAAGGAGAAAGUUAGAAUGUGGCAAGUUGAUGAACAGAUAAUGGACGUCGAUCUGAAAGGGGGCGUGUCUGAUAAAGUCAAAAAACGAAUUGCAUCAACGAACAUCGCUCUGGAAAGAGUCAGUCGCGUGACAGGAACUCGACCGAACACCACCCUCACUAACAAGCGUACAAUCAUCAACCAUCCCCAAAACAUUCGAAUAUCUCCUGAAUUGAGUAGCGUCAUCCAACAAGAUAUUCGAAUGCGCAUGGGCAGACCGCGUUAUCAUGAAAUCCGAAAACAAGAUGUCCAAAUAUGGGAUCGCGGUCAACAGUUAAAUCGUUCCCAUCGAAAUUUAAAAGUAUUUAAUUGGUUACACAGUCUACAAGAAGAUAAAUUUGACUCCGAUAUAGAAUCUGGCGUCAGAGAUGAUUUGUCCACACCAAAUUCAGACGGUUGUGGUUUUGUCCAUGUCGACUCUGUAGAUGAGCCAGCAUUUAAACCACUUUCAGCACAACGAACAAUCUGAAUAAAAUACAGAUCUAUAUUUCUUUUCGUUUUUUUAUACUUUCGAUUGCCUACACUACAUGAAGAUCUGACCGGUUCUAGUGGAAGGUCGCGUCAGGGGUCGCACCAGCGGCUUUUGAUCCUAUGACGUCAGACAUUGAUUGAUCAAUCAGCGUUGACGUUUCGAGUGGUUUACCCGCAGUUCAGUGCAUCGCACGCCAAGAACUCGCCGUAACAGACCAUUUCAUUGGCUGAUCCCUCACUUCAACCAGAACGCAUGUUAUAAUAUAACAACUCUUCCAGAUCCUAGUAUUGUGAAGACAAGUAAAACGAAAUUUUGAACUAUAAGAAACGAAACGAAAUAGGAUCUGCGUUUUAAUCAGAUUGCACAACGAAGAGAGCAUACUGCAUUUUAAAGUUGGAAAAUGUGUGAGUCAGGGCCGCCUUUACAGCAAUAUAGGCCCCGAGCAAAGCGGUGCACUUGGGCCCUUACCUAAAUGAAUAAAAAUGUAAA